AUGUCCCUAAAACCACCCCUCCUCGCCGUCCCGUCACGGCACCACCAACAACCACGAGACGACCAGCAGCAGCAGGAUCAGGAAGACUACGACUAUGAGAUCACGAUCCGCUUCUCCGCGUCCCUGCCGGACCUGCUCCUGUCAAUUCCCGCCUCCCUCAAUGCCAACACGGCCACGCUGAAGCAGCUGAUCCGGUCGCGCAUCCCUGACGCCUACGCCAAACACCGCAUCCGGCUGAUCCACGCGGGCAAGGCCCUCGUCGACGAUGUCCCGCUUGCGGCGUCGCUGAAGAGGAACGUCUCCAGGCCGCCGAGUCGGAUCGGCACGCCGGGUCCGUACGAUGAGAGAUCUAAUGGCUCUGUCGCGGCCGGGAAUUCUGGGGGUGACAGGAGACUGGAACUUGGAAACAAGGGCAAGCAACCCGUGCGGGAUCCGCCGGCGCAGGCGAGAAUCUACAUACACUGCUCGAUAGGCGACAUUGUCCUCUCCGCUGCGGAGUUGGCAGCUGAAGCGGCGAUUGCGGCAUCCGCCAAAGCGAGCGAGGACCAAGAUGAGGACACCAAAGCGGCCACGGACCCAGCGCAGCAGCAGCAGACGACAACGACGCCCGCGCCUCGCGGCUUCGACCGUCUCCUCAACGCCGGCUUCAGUGCCACCGAGGUACAGUCCCUCCGGCUCCAGUUCCUUGCGAUCCAGGCCCACACGCACACGCCCGACACGAUGCCGUCACCCAACACGCUGCGGAACAUGGAAGACCGGUGGCUCGACAACUCCACGACGGGCGCGAACGCCGACCUGGGCACCGACACCGCAGCAGGCUCUGCCGCGGGGAUCGGCGGCGACGACGACAUCCAGGCCGGCGCCCUCGACGACAUCAUCUGGGGCACCGCCAUGGGCUUCUUCUGGCCCGUCGGCUGUCUGGUGUGGGGGGUGCGUGAGGAGGGCAUCUGGAGCCAGCGCCGCAAAAUGGCCGUCAUCGUGGGGUUUUUGUUGAACAUUGGACUGGGCAUUAUCAGGUAUACCGGUUGA